AUGUUUAAAAUAUAUUUAUUUUUAUUUAGUAUCUUUUAAAUCCUAAAAGAAUAUCUAUAUUGUAUUUAUUUUGCGGCAAAUAAUUUUCUAUCAUCAUUUAUUAGUUACAACUAAUUAAAUACUUUAGUUUGUAUAGGAAGUUUUAAAAUAAAGAAAGAAAGUAGAAAUAAAUAAGUACUAAUAAAUAUGUAUUAAGAUUAGAGAUAAGAGUUGCUUAACUGCAAACAAUAAUUUUAAAUACUAUAGAAUCAAUCAAUCCAUGAUUUUUUAAAAAGAUAUGGUUAUGUUUAUGAAAAGUAAAUUUCAAGAAGUAGUUCUUCUUUAGUUGUUUAAGCUAAAUCGCUCAAUCAUAAUAAUUCUAAUGUUGCAAUUAAAAUACUAAAUUAUAAAUAUAAUUCAAAAAUCAAUAGUUAAAAACUGAGCAAAUAAGUAGAUUUUUUAGAUAAUCUAAAAGGAGAGAAAUAUGUACUUUAAUUUAUUGAAAGAAUAUAAGAUUUAAAUUAAGGUAUUACUGCUAUUGUCACAGAAUAUUGCGAAAAAAAUUUAGCUUAAAUUCUAGAGAUAAAUAAGCUAGCAAUAGAGUAAGUUUAUGCUUUGGCGUAUUAACUUUUAAAAGGAUUGCUUUUAAUCUAAGAGAAGCAAAAAGUAUUGAGAUAUAUUGAACCUGAAAAAAUAUUAUACAGUGCAUAAAAUAACCAAUUUUUGUUAUCUUACUUAAGUUUUAGUAGACUCAUCCAAUUUGAAGGCAAUGAAAAAUAAUAAGGAAAUUUGAACUAUUAAUCUCCUGAAGUCAUCAAUAAGAAAAAACCAUACAAAAUUACUGCUGAUAUCUUUUCAAUAGGUGUGAUUCUUCUUGAAGCUUUACUUCAAAGAAAACUAAAAGGUAUGGAGUAUUUAAAGCUAAAAAGUUAAAGUUUGAUAAGUGUUUUACCUGAUCUUUUAAAUGAAUAAAAUCAUUAAUUUGUAACUAAAAUUUUAAGUAAAAUGGUAGAUCCAGAUUAUUGUAAAAGAAGUGAGCCAAUUUAUCUAUUAUAGAUUCUAAAUGAAUUAAAGGCAGAUUAAAAAUACCUCAAGCCUAUUAAAUUAGAGAAAAAUAUAGAAAAUAAAGAUGUUUAGCUUUAAACUGCUAACUAACUUGGCAAUGAGGAAAACCCCUAAAGUAUUUCUGUAUAGAAAUUAUAAAUAGAAUAAAUUAAAAAGGCAACUAUUGAAAAAGAAAAAAUAGUUUAAGUUUAAAUCAACGAAGAGGAAGAUAUUAUUGAAAUUUAAAUUGGAUAGUACAGUGUCUAAGAAGAAUUUAAUGACAUUUAAAAUUAAAAUACAAAUAUGAAAAAUGGUGAGAACCAUUUAAUAUAGCCAAAUAUAGAAAUUAUUUAGAAUGAUCAAAAUAUUAAUUAAAUAGAAAAUUUGAGGUAGAAUGUUCAUGAAGAAAACACUGAAAAUAUAUCAAAUGAACAAAAGUAAAAUGAAUAAAAUAAAGAAUAAAUAGAAGAAGUUUAAAAAUAUAUUGAAAUUGAAGAUGAAGAAAAUUUUUAAGAAACUUAAAUUGGAUAAUAAAAUAUGAACGUAAAAUAUAUUGAAACUCCAAAUUAAAUAACAAAUAUGUAAAAUGGUGAAUAUCAGAAUAUAAAACCUUUAAAAAAUAUUAUUUAGAGUUCUCCAAAUAUUAGUGCAACAGAAAACAUUUAGAUUGAAAACUAAAUUUAGUAAGACAUUGGACGUAAUUUUAAUAAUGAAUAGAUAAUUCUAACUCAAAGUAUUGAUCAUUCCUAAAGUGAUUUUGAAGAACCUAAUUAAUCUUUAAUGGAAAUUGAAAUGGAUGAUCAAUAAGAAAUUAAUUUAGAAAAUUAAACCAAUCUUCAUUUAGAAUAGUAAAUAAAAAAUAGAGAUUUGAAUUUCACUCAUAUUAAAAAUAACAAAUGUCAAGAUAAAUUUGAAGAGGAAAUUAUUGUUGAAAAAUUAAAAGAGAAAAACAAUUAAAAUAAUAAUAACAUUACAAAGAAGAAUGAAGUUAUAUUGGAUAAAGAAGUUUAAAAUAAUUUGAAUAAACUAAUAAAAUAUAUAAAAUGUAAAUAUUUUAAUCGUAAAAGUUAUAAAAAAAAUAGAUAAAGAGUAUUAAAAAUUGUUGACCUCAAGCAAAUUCCUUAAGUUGAUGAAGAUUACGAAAUAAUCGAAAUUGAAUUGAUAAAUUAGCUACCUUCAGAAGAUUAAAUAUUAAAAAUAGGAAAAAUAUUAUAAAAAUGCAUAAACAUAGAAUCCAUAAGCUUAAAUAUUAGUGACAGUUUUAGAAACAAGGAGAAAUAUUUAUAAUAGCUUAUUUAAUGUCUUGAUAACUGUGAUAAUUUGUCAUUUUUAAGCCUUAAUGUAUUCAUCGAUAUAGAAGGAGAAUAAUAAUUAGGUGAAUGGAUUGGCUAAUGUAGAAAUCUUCACUUCUUAAAUUUAAAUUUAAACUUUUCAUCUUUAUUCAAUUUUAAUCCUUAAGCUCAAAAUGUGGGUUCUAAUAUUGUUUAAGGAUUAUCUUAAAGUAUAAACUUAGUUCAUUUAGAUUUAAAUUUAAGUUAUUACUAGUUUAAAGAAAAAGAAUUAAGCGAUUUUGGUAAAGCUUUUGCUAGAAAUAAAAAUUUGAAUUUUUUAAGUUUUGAUAUGAGUUACAGUAAAGGUAUAUAAGGAUUUGAUUUGUUUUUAGAGUAAUUGUAAGAAUGCAAAAAUUUAAUUUCUUUAAAUCUCAAUUUAAGUAAUUGUGAUAUCAACUCUUAAAAUUUUAAAUUAAUUCUAUAUAGCAUUCAAUAUUUGGAAAACUUAAAGUUUUUAGAUUUAAAUUUAGACACAAAUGAUUUAAAGAAUUUAAAUCUUCAGUAGGAAAUAGAGUUCUAUAAAUAUAAAUCUUUAACUAAUUUGAAGCUAGACUUAUAGAAUUGCAAAAUGAGUAAAAAAUAAAUUAACCUUAUGCUAAGUAGCUUUGAAAUGAAUGAAAAUUUAAAUUGCUUGCAUUUGAUUUUGCGGUAAAUUCAAAAUUAAUAAAAAAUAUUGAAAAAAAUGUAUUUAAUUAGUGAAAACUCUCUCACUCAAUACAUUCCAGAAGAUAAAAUGUGCUUUUAUAGAAUUAAAAAUUUAACUAAUCUAAGUUUAUAAAUAUAGUAAAAAAUAGUAUUUUUAAUUUACUUUUUCAGAUCUUAAUUAAGAAAUUCUUGGAGAAUGCAAUUAAUAAAUUUUAAAAAUUAGGAAAUCUUUUUCUAUUUAAGAUAAUAUUAUAAUUGA